AUGUUGAAGACCAAAAAGUGGAUGAAACAAACAAGUCUACAAGUACCAGCAAGCAAUCAGCCUUCAAAUCUCUUGGCUGGUUGGACCGGUUUCUUGCCAUAUGGAUCCUCCUUGCCAUGGCUAUGUGAAUUAUUCUGGGAAAUUUCGUGGAGAAUACAGGCCCUGCCCUUCAGAAAGGAAAUAUUGUUGGAGUUUCCAUUCCAAUUGUACGAUUUGAAUCCCUGCGCCAUGAUUUCCGAGACCGGGGGGGGUCUGGAUUCAACUUCUAUUCAGUAUCGUCAUUAA